AUGGCAGACACAGAUAAAGAAGUCGUAGUGUCCAACACGGAGCCCACUCCCGAGGAAGAAGCUGCAGCCCGCGCAAAAGAAGCAGAAGAGCAAGCGGCGCUUCCAUAUAAAUGGACGCAGACAAUCGGAGAUUUAGACAUCACAGUCGAAGUCCCCGGCAAUCUCAAGGGAAAGGAUCUAAACGUUGAGAUUAAGAAGAAGAAGCUUCUGGUUGGGGUGAAGGGACAGGAACCUAUCAUAAAUGGCGAUCUACCCCACGAAAUCAAAGUCGACGAGUCAACCUGGACGCUGGCCACCUCUCCUUCCGGUACCAAGGUCCUUGAAAUACAUCUGGAUAAGGUAAAUAAGAUGGAAUGGUGGGCCCACGUCGUCACUUCCGCGCCCAAGAUAGAUGUCACGAAGAUCCAGCCGGAAAGUAGUAAACUGAGUGACUUGGAUGGGGAAACGAGGGGUAUGGUCGAGAAGAUGAUGUAUGAUCAGCGACAGAAGGAGAUGGGGAAGCCGACAAGUGACGAGCAAAAGAAGGAGGACAUGCUGAAGAAGUUUAUGCAACAGCACCCGGAAAUGGAUUUCUCAAAGGCGAAGAUUAAUUAG